AUGCCGCACCUCUUCUCCUUCAGCCAUAAUCACAAUGCGAACGAUGGAGAUGCUUCGCUGCAACAGCAAGAGAUGGGUGGUGGCGCGGAGGACUUGGCUCACCAUAAGCGGUUGAGACGGGGCUCGUUGAUUAAGAAUGCGCUGAGUUCGCUCAAGAGACAUCACGGGGAGGGAAACGAUCCAGCGGCAUUGCCGGCCACGGCGCCUACAGAGCUGGCUGAUAUCGCAGAGUACUUUCCUUCGCAGAGACGUCCUAGCCUGCCUGAGGCUGUCUCGUCGAGAAGGGCUAUACCGUCUCUGCCUCGACCACAGACGUUCCGUAGGAGGGAGUCUGAGAAGAGGGAGAAGUUGCUUGAGGUUCAGCCCAGUCCCAGCGAGAAGAGAACGUUGAGCGCGGAUCGUCGACGAAGUCGUGGUGCGAGUACGAGUCGUCCUGGUCGCCCGUCAUCACCGAGACCUGUGCCGGUCCCUUCCGUUUCUGCUCCUAGUGUUACGCAGUCGAAUGACUGCGACCCUGUCUCUUCAAGUCAGAGCAUACCCGAUAAUACCAGCUCCUCCCCAAAGCAAUCGAGAAAGGACCUCCCGCUACUGGAAAUUCCCGACACGAUUGAUCAGAGUCCACUUCUAGAUGAGGACGGAGAAGACAUCGACAGCGCCAUCGACAAGACGUCCCUACAAGAAGAGUUCGAACGUCGAUGGAUCCUCAACCUGAGCAUGCACUUCCGAGAUAAGUCCAACCGAGAAAAGUUCUUCGUGACCUACGCCGAGAGACCGAAUCAAUGGCGACGCAUAACGAUAUCGCUCGACUAUCGUGACGCGCCCGAGGAUUCCCUCGAAGCCGAUCUUUCCACUUUGCAUUUCCAGCGCGACAAGAGCAUGCGCAUCUACGAAGCGAUUCGAGAGUCUUUGCCUGACAUUCAGUACUAUGAUACCGUCACUAACCUCAAGCUCGAGACGACGCCCGAGGAUGGACAAUUGCAUGUCCAUGUGCGCGAAGAUGCGAAUGAGAUCAUCUCAUAUCCGCCCAUUUCACUCUUCAACCACGUGCAAUGCCCGCGGUUCAAUGAGAAUGCCCUCGAUUUCGAUUCUCACCUUUCUGGCUUCGUGUACAAAGUUCGACUUGGCGGGCGGGUGGUCAUCAAGAAGGAGAUUCCUGGGCCCGAUACGGUGGAUGAGUUUCUUUAUGAAGUCAAUGCUCUCGAUGCUCUUCUCGGGACGCACAAUGUCGUUCAGCUGGAAGGACUCGUCACUGAUGAUCGAGGCGAGCUCGUCAAGGGCUUGCUCAUUUCGUAUGCUUCGCAGGGCGCUCUCGUGGAUAUGAUCUAUGAUUUCAGGGGCACGUCACAACUACCUUGGCAUCGACGGGAGAAGUGGGCGAAGCAGAUUGUAAAUGGUCUCGCAGAUGUGCAUGAGGCAGGCUUUGUGCAGGGCGAUUUCACUCUGUCGAAUAUUGUCAUUGACGAGGAUGACAAUGCGCAGAUUAUCGAUAUCAACCGUCGGGGCUGUCCUGUGGGUUGGGAGCCUCCUGAGUUGGGGAGGUUGAUUGACAGUGGCCAGCGCAUUGGCAUGUGCAUCGGGGUCAAGACGGAUCUGUUCCAGCUUGGGAUGGUGCUGUGGGCGCUCGCGGAGGAGGUCGAUGAGCCUGAACGGGUGGAGCGACCGCUACCAGAUGUCUUUGACGACAUUCCUCAGUACUUCCGCGAUAUGGUCAAGAAGUGUCUCAGCGCACAACCGCAAGGACGAGUGGGAGCGAAACAACUGCUCGGUCUCUUCCCUGAGAAUGCUGGCCUGCCCCCGUCCUCUUCACGCCCGUCUGUGGACUUCCAGCACGACAUGCAAGUCUCCGACCACAGCGAAGCGACCACGCAUCGUUCUGCAAAGGAGUACAUCGACCCCGAACUGGCAAUGACCAUCGAUGAAGUCAAAGAUUGCCGACGAGGAGAAGCUGGCCCCUCGCAGUACAACUCCGAUCAAGUCACCUACGUCAACCCCGACUCGAAUCCCGCAUCCAGCACCUAUCGCUUCGAGAGCUCAGGCUCUUGGGUGAUUGGCAGACGAAGUCGUGGGCGUUCGCCCGUCUCGAGCAGACGACGCAGGAGCUCGCCAUAUGGCAGGACUGCUUCGAGCGCGACGUCGCUUUCGGAACAGUCGCCUUCUGGGCGUGUCGAAAGGCGGCCUCCCUCCCCUCUUACAGACAAACGCCUCACAAACAUCCAAGCCUCCGCAACGAACCCCACGGAUCUCACGCACACCGACUCCGGCUUCGACGAAAUGAUGGACUCAGAUUUCGAUCUGGAUCGUUCGCACUUGACCGAGACGGAGACGCCACGGGUGGAGAGGAGGAAAAUCUACGUUCCGGAAGACGACGAUGAGAGUAGUCGAGAGGAUGUCGAGGAGCCGAGGAGGAUGUCGCCGUUGAGGAGGGAGGAGAGGAGGAUUCAGGUGGGUACGGGUCAGGAUCAGGGUCAGAAUGAAGCUUUUGUGGGAGGGGAAGAGGAGAAGAGUGGUGGUGGUGGUGAAGAUGCAUAA